AUGAGGACGAUGAAGAAAAUUGCGAUUUCAACAGAAAAGGCUAGGGCUGAUGAUGAUAAUGGUUGCAAGUCUUUAGCAGCGAGGCUUGUCCAGGCGAAGAAACAAUCGGCUCCACCAAUGAGACUUUCUCAAAACCCUAAAUCUCUGAUUAAGAAAAACCUGAAGAAGAAGCCUCAUGACAAGUUUUGCAAGUCUGUUUCAAUAAGGCCUCUAGAGAUAACGAAGAAGAAGCAGUCUAUUCCUGAAGUUACUGGAAACCCUAAAUUUGUGCCAGCCGUGAUGAAUAAGAAGGAUAAGGAUACGUUGGAGCUGUUCGAAAUAGCCAAGAAAUCAGCGGAUGUGGCCAACGCGAAGGGACUUCUCGCGGCUAAAGCAGAGACGUCAAUCUGUGUAGAUACUCUCUUGUUGCUCAUCGAUCUCCCCACAAUCAGCGCAACAGCUCCUGAAACGAGGAAAAUCAUGGAGAGGCUUGGGCAUCUCACACGGCACAAAGACAGGAAAAUCUGCACUUCCGCAUCUGCCCUUUUACAACAUUGGAGUCAGAGCAUCAGAGAUCAACAACGCUUAUGA